AUGGAUUCUUCUCAAAAAAUUUACAAGAUAAUUAAUGCCAGGAUUUUGAUGAAUCAUGAAAUUAUAGAAAACUCUUAUCUUUGGUAUCAAAAUGGAAAAAUCAUUCAUCCCCAAAACCUAUUCUUUUCUGAACGUCGUGAUGCAGAUGAAAUUAUUGAUGCUGAAGGACUCUUAGUUGUUCCUGGUUUUAUAGAUACUCAAAUCAAUGGCGCUUAUGGUAUUGAUUUUGCUGAUUCAGAUGAACCAGUUGAAGUGUUAAAGAAAAAUAUUGAUACAGUUGCAAAAGGUCUUUUAAAAUAUGGAUGUAGCGCUAAAGGAGGUGCUGCUAUCUUGGGUGCACAUAUUGAAGGUCCAUUUAUUUCAGUUUUGAAAAAGGGUGCUCAUAAUCAAAGUGUAUUUAGGACAGCUAAGAAUGGUAUUGAAGAUUUUGAUAAAGCUUAUGGAUCUGAAUUUAAAAAAGGUUGUGAAGCAGUGAGUAUUAUUACAGUUGCACCUGAAAUUGAAGGUGUUUGUGAUGUUAUUCCUGACUUGGUGGCACGUGGUAUUACGGUCGCUAUGGGUCAUUCUGCUUGUCGAAUUGCUGAUGCUGAAAAGGCUGUUAUGAAAGGCGCUAAUAGUAUUACUCAUUUAUUUAAUGCCAUGCAAGCUUUUCAUCAUCGUGAUCCCGGAUUGAUUGGUGUUCUCGGUGCUGCUGAUUUACCUAUUCCCGAAAAUGCUAGUCGUCAUCCUACGCCCUCUAAUACCUCUCCUGAUCGCUCCAAGCCUGAUCCUCGUCCCUUUUAUGGCCUUAUUUGUGAUGGUGUUCAUGUUCAUCCUAAUUCAGUUCGUAUUGCUUACUAUUCUCAUCCCACAGGUGCUGUUUUAGUUACAGAUACAUUAUCUGCCAUGGGUUUACCUAAAGGCACUUAUAUCCUGGGUGGUCAAGAAGUAGAAGUCGAUGAAAAAGGGGGUGCAUAUGUAAAAGGUACAAAGACAUUGGCUGGUAGUACAAUCACGAUUGAUCAAUGCGUGCGUAAUUUUCAAAGGUUUACAAACUGUCCUCUAGUUGAGGCCAUUGAAGCUGCUACACUUCAUCCUGCUCGUUUAUUAGGUAUUGAUAAAGAAAAGGGUACAUUAAAUGCAGGAGCAGAUGCUGAUUUCGUCUUCUUGGAUGAUUCUACUGGUGAAAUUAUUGUGAAGCGUGUAUUCGUUGCUGGAGAAGAAGUUGAACUUUAG